ACUCAAUUGGAAUAGUUGUCGAACAGAGUACAAAAAUACACAAAUAAAAAGAAAAAUAUUUAAUUCUCUUAACUAUUCUACUAUAAUGUCGGAACCAGGUAUAAUAACUUGCGAGGAGCUUCUUCGCUUGCGUGAUGAUUGCUUGCAGCGUUUGCGAGAUGACGAAAUUUAUUAUCUCCGUAAUGAUGCCAAACUGCGGGCAGUUAAUAAUACCCAAAACUAUGAGGAGUUCAAGGAUAUUGUGGAUGCAGCUCACCUGCGACCAGUGACAAGGCAAGACAAAGCUAAUGCCAAGACCAAGAAUCGCUUGUGGAACUCGGCUGCCUCUGAGCAGUCUGAUACAAUUUAAUGAAGUUAAUAAAACUAUUGCAAAUCG